GCGGUAACGCCGCUCGUAUUCCUCCUCCUCGUUGGAAGCGCGCGACCCUCGCACGGAACACCGGCCGUUCUAAAAUGUAAUCUGAAUCCGUCUACGGUGAAUUUACAUGUUACCUUGUCAGACGCGCGUCUGAAAACUGUCCGAAGGUUCGCAACGAAUCGGUGGACUCGACUCUAGUCGCUCGUCCCGUGAGACGAGGAAGAAAGAGUAAAAAGAAAAGGUCAACAUGGACACGAGCACGGUACGAUUAGUGAUAUUCUUGGGCAUGUUUCUGGUCUUCGCCGGCGAUUAUAGCGCAUUGAUCUCCACGAUUUUCGGUAAAGCGGCGGACGGGAAUGCAACCGACGCCGGCAAAGGGCCAUCCGAGGUUGGCCUUAAGAAGCCUUACGAUGAUAUUCUUUUGAAGAAAGAUGCGGAUAAGAAUAACGUUGCCUUACGUCGUACGAAGUUGAUAGCGACGAUCAAGACCGCUUGUCUACCGAAGUUGAUAUGCGAGCUCUCCUCGUCCGUCCAUCAGGACCAGCUGAGUGAGAUGGAGCGAUCCCUUUUGAAUCUCAUAAGGGACACGAGUCUGAGCACGAUGGCGGAGGUGCCCUCGAGGUAUCACUUCGCGGCUCAUAUGGGUCAACUGAUCUCCGGUGUGGAGGGUCAGGGCUGCCAUAACUUUUACCCGACGUGUCCACUGGCGCGCACCAACGUGCUCAACAUGAUGAAGAAGGUCCGCCUACGCUGAAACGAUCGAGCCGAAAGCUCGACUCGGAAGUCGCGUCCGACGACGGCCGACGACUUCUGGACCUGUGAUAUCGCGGAUCGCUCUGCCUUCUCGAAGAGAUCCGAGGACUCGCGCCAGCGACACGCAUACACACACACACACACACACACACACACGUGCGCGCGAGCUUCCGUCGAAAUGGAAGGGGAGAUAAAAACUACGGAGUAACGCGAUGUUUCGCGAAACUCGAGAUGUGCUUUUUCGGUCGCGACAGGGAAUUCUAGUUUGCGAAUUGGGACUCCGGACUCCUACGAGAGACCGUACAGUGCCGGAAAUGAUAUUGAAAUGAUGAUUACUCGCGUAUCUGAUCCACGUUUACCGACGACAUUCUGAAACCAUAUAAUCAUAAUCCGCGAAUGUAAAUAUCCCUACACGUUAUGUCAGCGACUCUCUGCUAUAUUCUUUCCUCCGAUUAACUUAUUCGUUAAAAAGUAAAAAAAAAAAACAAGAAAUAAAAGAUUAAUGAACGAAAUAACAAACGCACGCACAUUUGCUCUUAACGAUACUGUUUAUUUAUUUCGCAAUGAGCAUUAUCGCAUCUCGCUCACGCACUCACCCUUUGAUAAAACACGAUUCCGUCGCUCCUGCGCGAUUCAAGAGUUCCACGUAAUGCGUACGUACAUAUACGCACACACGCGCACGCAUAUCUGUUAAAUCGCACGUUAUUGUCACCGUACUUUUUUAUAAGC